CCCCUCGGUCGUUGCUGUGCGCGUAUCUGUGUUGUAACUGCACCUCUUUGUUCACUUAUAUACAGGAGUCCUGUUCGCAAGGACUAAUGCAGUUUUCGAGGUCGCCAACUUUACCAAACAGACGGCACAGGACGUACGCGCGCCGCGAUUCCGAAACCAGGACUUCAGCUGUUGUGGGAUGCUCGAUAGUGCGUUCGGGUUUGUGAGCAGCGUCGCGGCAUAGAAAAAUCUUGAUGUGGUGCUGCUCUUUCCGACGACGUGCGAACGCGGUUUGGAAACACGGAAGUGCUGCCAAGUGGUAACUUCAUCAUUUUGCGAGUGCCGGCGAACCGCGAUGGUAGCGGUGAACGUAGCCAUUUUGGACGCGAGAACUGUAACCGCUGUAACGGCCUCGGUGAAUGACUGUGUGCUCGCGGAUGUUUCGUCCUGACAACUACACCGAAUCCGCAGCGCGCGCACGCCGGAGGUUUCCAUGCCUGCACCGAGCUAGGUCGAGGUCACUGCCAUCGAGGGUGCCAAGAUCGCCUUCCUCGCUUGUUGCCACUUCGAAUGUGCUGCGGUCAUCUCUCCUGACGUCACAGCUCACGUGCACUCGCCGCCAUCGUCAAGAUCCCUGGGUGAUUCCGCUGGCAGCUGUACGAACUGUCCUAUCUCCCUUCCGGAUGACUCUCUUGAUCUGACCGCCACCACACGUGCCCGGAGCCCUGGCAUAGCUGGCACACUGAACCGUCCACUCACAAUCAAGCCCAGUCCCAUGACGUCAACGAUCAUGCCUAUAAAUUCCCAGCCGGAUCCUUCCUUCUUCAGUGGGCAAGGUGGCAGCAGUACGAGCAUCAUGCUUACCCGCUGCCUAUUUCUUACGCAGGUAUGUUACUUUCAGAAUGCCUGCUGCAUUCGCUCUGAUGACCGAUUCUUACUGCUGCUCCCUUGCCCACACCUUUCUCGCAGAUGCUUUGCUUAUAUUUCUUUGUACUCGCAGCUCGCUGUUUGUAUUAGUAGAUUGUUACAGAGUGGGGACAUUGAAAGCAAUCCUGGUCCUCGCUCCCAAAAAAAUCCGAGCCUUUCGCAAGGUUUUGAUGAUCAACCAUCGGUGUCUGAAAUGCUCGCUGAGCUUUUGAACGGGCAGAAAAGAUUAGCUGAGGAUGUCGCCGAAAUUAAAAACUUUCAACAAUCUGUUAAUACACGUUUUGAGACUAUCGAAUCGCGUCUGGCCGCUCUGAAGUCCUCGUCACAUAAGCCUGCCGUCCCAAGCGACAGCCUUAACAGUGAACUCGCACGUCUAACAAGCGAAAUUCACAACCUUUCAACUAAAAAUGAUGAAUUAGAAAACCGUGCUCGAAGGAACAAUUUAAUCUUACAUGGUCUGCCAGAAUCCUCCGAUGAAGAUAAUGAACGCCUGUCCUCAGACAUUGCGAAAUGGUUUGAGGAUAAACUUAAAAUGAGCUGUCCUCAAAUAGAAAGAUGCCAUCGUCUUGGAAGGCCUUCACGUGACCGUCCGCGACCCGUGAUUAUGAAACUUCUGGACUACCGGGAGAAAGUUUCGGUAUUAAAAAGUGGUCACAAGCUAAAGGAAACCGAUUACCGUAUUUCGGAAGAUUUUUCACUACGUGUCCGGAAUAUUCGCAAGAAACUUUGGGAAGCGUCUGAGAGUUUUAGGAACAACGGGUGCACGGUCCGCAUACGGUUUGACCAUAUAUUUAUUGAUAAAAUUCGCUAUAACUGGAACAGCGCUUCUAAUACACUAGAGAAAGUACAUCGUAAUACAGCACUAAAUAGCGUUGCACCUGCCUCUCCGCCUUGACUCCUUCGUCGCAAAACCAAUGACCUCCGUGUAUUAAAUAUUAACGCAAGAAGCCUUCUCAAUAAAUUUUCCGACUUCAUCUGUCUAGUAACUGCUCAUUCCCCCCAUAUUAUAGGCAUUACGGAAACAUGGCUACAUGACGGCAUAUUCGACUCCGAAGUUGCGUUAAGUGACUACACAUUGGUAAGAGUUGACAGACCAAAUGGUAGAGGUGGCGGUGUCGCCCUCUAUAUACAGUCCCACCUGAAGUUUUCAGUCCUUGAAACCCCAUGUGAAAUUGAAUUGCUUUUGUGCAAGAUUCAUUUGGAAAGGUCAUCCGCGCUAAUUGGAGUGUUUUACCGGCCUCCUGGCUCUUGUGGUGAUCAGUUCACUUUUCUUAGCAACAUUCUGCAUGAUUUGAAAUCAUCAAAUAUAAUACUUAUGGGAGAUUUUAAUGCACCAGGCAUUCACUGGCCCUCUCUCACCAUUACCAGCGGCGAC